GUCUCUAUGUACAAGUGUGACAUCUAUACAGUGAAGUGAUAGUGAAGUGGUAUCUAUCGAGUAUUCCAAAAAUAAUAGAAACUCUAUCGAAUGAAAAUGUUUUCUACAAUGAAAACACUCUCGGUGUUAGUUUUCAUCACGUGUACAUAUCGAUGACCUACAAAGUGAAGGAGUAUCGCAUGCACUUUAUGUAAGCGGCACUUGUUUACCGCAUAUCAUAUGACAGGCGAUCGCUUGGGCUCAGAAUUAAUAUCGAGCAUGCGACAUACACUAAACUAUAGAUUUAAUUUUGACUAAAUCACAUUCUUUUUAUUUGUUAAUAGUUUUUAAUGUGUUUAUAAGUUAUGUUAUCUUUGUAUCUGUCUCUACAAUCAAGAUUGUCCUUUUGUUAUGUCCGCCUUAUCAUCACAACUUAGUUGGUGCAGUGACCUAUGUGAAUGUUGGUGAAAGUGUUGAUGUUAUGAUGAUGGAAAUAGACUAUGAAAAUUAUACAGGAAGUUCGAGUGGAUCACCAGGUGCGCGCGCUGGUCGCCGCUCCUCCCUCGCGCUGACUCCAGAAGAUGAACCUCUAGUCGACGUAGCUAACAGAUCCCCACCGCCGGUAUCAAUACCAUCAGCACUACUCUACUCGCCACCAGAACCUUUAGAGUUACUAUGCGUGUUUCCGGAACGGUCGUCGCGCGUAUGUGCGGCCGCGUGCAACGCAGUCGCGCGUGCGGGCGGCGAGGCGCGAUCUGUGCGCAGUGCACGCGAGGCGCUCGAGGCGUUCAGACGUGACUUAGACUCGCGCACGCCGCACGUGGUCGUGGUAGACGCGCGACAACCGCAGCUGAUGGACGCGACUAUAUUAGCUAGGGCUAUAAGGGGACUAAAAAAUACGCACCACAUUGUACUUAUAGCCGUUGUCAAAAAGAGCGCGUACCUGAAAGAUGACUUUGCGGUUUUGCCUUACCUGGAAGCUGGCUUCAACAGGAUUAUGGUAGAGACGCUAGGGUCGACGGCGUGGUGUGCGGAGGUCCUGCAAGCCAGGGCUGCCGCAGCGUCCGCGCGCGCCUCCAUAGCCGCGGUGACAGCCCUAGCCGUAGCUACAGACCGCUGCCGGGAUCUUGUUGCCGUCACUGACGACCAACAGAGAGUUCUUUUAACAAACAAAUCAUGGUGUCGCCUGGUGGGCUGGCGGUCGGAAGAAGGUCCCCGGGUUGUGUCGGACACGAUCAGCGGAGAGGCACUCCGGCUGGCCACGAGUGGUGCCCGCGACUGGGAGGCACCAGCGAUGCUGAGGCGGAGGACUUCUACCGACCCCAUGCUGCUGCCGUGCAAGGGAGCUUCGAUAUCUAUAACUAGAAACCCAUCCCAUAUAGUGUUCGUAUGUGAGCACAACUCGGGCGAGAUUGAGCGGGGCCGUGGAUCGUUGCACUCCAUAAGACGGGGUUCACUUGAUGUGCGGUCGGUUGCAUCGGAUGGUCUGCGGCGGACGUCGUUAGCUAAACUACAGGGACUGCCACUUGAGGCACCGAUCACUAAGGUGAUAUCGUUACUGUCCACGGCUACAGAGGGCGCCCCGCCUUCGACAGUGGCAUGCAUCGAACGAGCUGUCGACAUGCUGCGGACUUCAGAGCUGUACUCGCCGCAGAUGCGAGAGGAUCCGAAACUACGGCCGGAUGAUCCCAUAGCCACGGAUCUCAUUGGCGCUUUAUUAUCGGGUACAUCUAAUGUAUUGUCGUCGAGAAGAAGUAGCAAUGAUUCGACUGUUGUUCGCUCUCAGACCAAUAGGACAAAUAUGAAACAUAAGCAAUCGUUACAGACAUCUGGACAACUGCGUGAGCUCCUUGAUACGGCACUUAGUUGGGACUUCGAGAUAUUUCGCCUAGAAGACCUCACUCGAGGCAGACCCCUCACUCACUUGGGGCUCACCCUGAUGGGGGGUCGAUUCGACGUGUGCUCCGCGCUGGAGUGUGACGAGAGGACCCUGCUCCACUGGCUCACCAUCGUUGAGACUAACUACCAUGCAGUGAACACCUACCAUAACUCGACGCAUGCUGCUGAUGUACUGCAGGCCGUAGCGUUCUUCCUGGAGAAGGACCGUCUCAAAACGCUGAUGGAGCCGUUGGAAGCUGCGGCCGCCCUCAUCUCGGCGGCCGCUCAUGACAUCGACCACCCGGGGACGUCCUCAGCGUUUCUCUGUAACUCCAAACACUCGCUGGCGAUCCUCUAUAACGACGUGUGCGUGCUAGAGUCUCAUCAUGCAGCCCUCACCUUUAAACUUACACUCAAUGACGAUCGCGUGAAUAUAUUCAAGAAUCUCGACCGCGACACGUUCAAGUCUGUGCGGCACAAUGUGAUCGACAUGAUCCUAGCUACGGAGAUGACCAAACACUUCGAGCACCUCGCCAAGUUUGUGAACGUCUUCUACGCCAAGCCCACCGGAAGCAAAGAAGACGGGAUGCACACGGAUGAACCGUUAUCACUCGACACCACGGCGCUGACGUCACAGGAGAACGUGGUCCUCGUGAAGCGUAUGAUGAUCAAGUGCGCAGACGUGAGCAAUGCGUCCCGACCUCUUAAAUUUGCUGUAGAAUGGGCUAAGAGGAUUGCCGAGGAAUAUUUCCUACAAACAGACGAGGAGAAAUCUAAGGACUUGCCGGUGGUGAUGCCGAUGUUUGACCGAGCUACCUGCUCCAUACCGCGCUCGCAAAUCGGUUUCAUCGACUACAUCAUCAUAGAUAUGAUGGAGGCCUGGUCUGCUUUUAUUGACAUGCCUGAGUUGGUAACCCACGCACGGACCAACCAUCAACGUUGGCGUGAAAUGGACGAAGCUGGCGUUACGUCACUUGCAGACGUCAAACGUGCCCAUAGACAACUGACAGCAAAUUCUACGUCAGAACCCACCGCUGAAGAAUGAAUAGAUCAUUAUCUGAUGAAGUAAUAAUUUUCAAAUGUGUCACAAAAUAUUUAUACAUCUCUGAAAUAACGACUUAAGACAUAAUAUUUAUAUUUAUCGGUUAAUGUCCAUAGACAUUCAAAUUGGAUACUGUAUGAGGUGACUAAUAUUUACAAAUGAGAGAUGCAACCUGAUAUCAUAUUUAUUAUAAAAUAAAUUAGAUAGGGGCCAAGUUAGAUAAAAAUUACAACAGGAUUUCCAGCGAGAGGCAAUAAGCAUAACAAAUGACAAUUUAACACCAGGCUCAUUGAUGCCGUCUGUUGGUUAUCAGCAAGAGUUUCAAAAAUAAUGACAAGGCCAAUAGGUAUUCUAUGCUAAUCGACGUCUGAAGGCCUAAAUGUGACAUAAUAUUAAUAAAUACAUAUUUGUAAUGCUCGUGUUCCGCUUUCGCUCGCAACCAAAGAAAAUCCUAUUUUUUCUUUAUGGUGGUAAUUAUAUGGGCGAUAUAAAACAUCUGAAGUUACUACGCAUUAAUGGAGCAUAGGCAUUAAUACAUUAAGUAUCUGUGGCAUUCGAUUUUCCCAUGUUAUUAGCUGAAGGAAAUAUUCUUCUGACAUCGGAGCAGUGUGCCUGCCGAUGUGGGAACAAGCCUUAUCGGAUGUCCGACAAUACGCUUAUAUUAUCUAUAGGUACUUAUAUCAAUGUUAGAGUAGCUGUCAAUGAAUUGUUACUAUUAAAUUAGAAGUUAUUAAUAUAUUUAUGAUAAAUGUUGUGUGAUUGGUUCAAUCUUAGUUAUCGUGCCCUAACUUUAUCAAUAAAAUAUCUAGAGGAUAAUAUUUCGUUGUUGGCCCUUUAAAAUAUCAAAGAACCAUUAGUUUACUUAAAACUAGCCAACUAUCUCAAAAUUACAUUAGUCUACAGUUAUCUGGGUUUUUACAUGAUACUACAGAGCUUGAUGGCCCGAAUAUUUUUUAAAACGAGGGCAAUUAAAGGGCGAAAAAUUGAUAUGGCAGUUGCCAGCAGAGUUCUGCUAUUAUAAUAGAGGUAUACCACUCGCAGUAACAUUGUAUUUGCGACUGAAUCUUAGGAUGCUUCGAAACAUUUAGGUUAAACCUUACUUGAAAUUUUUAGAAAUGGUUACGUAACUACUAAAUAUUUCACGUUUGGAGUUACAUAAAUGAAGCUAAUUUUAAUACAAAAUUUAUUAAUGGUAAACUAGCUAUUAUUUAAUGCUAAACUUUCGAUGGAAAAAUUAUUCAUAACGUUGUUAAAAUUGUAUUUAACAGGGCACGAUCACCAUGCUUGAACAAUUUUAAACGGUUUUCCUAACCAAUUCGUCCUCAGUGUUUUCAACUUAAUAUUAAUUUAUUUUAAUAUUUGUCGUUCGUUAAGUUUGCCAUUUAGACGGGCAUACAAUUUAUAUGUGUAAAUAAAACCGUGAUUGGAGUGCCAUAAAGUAGAAGUGGGCAAUCGCAAAAAUAUUAAUUUAAACUUAUGCACAAAAACUAUCUGGCCAGAUAAAUGUCUUCCGCGAUGGCAGCCAUUUGUCAAAUACAGAUAAAAGUGAACUAAAAUUACUAAUACAAUAGGAGGUCUUAGAUAAAAUUGGAAUGUUUAAUAAGACCAUAAGGACCUUUGCAAAGUCGAAAAAAAAGUUGUUCGAAGUGAAAUUAAAGUCUAGUUCGGUAAGCUAAAUUUCUAAAUUGACCUCAGGGCCUACUAAACUUGGCCUAUAGACUUGAAUCCAGUGCCAUUUAAUAGAUAAAAAGGCCUACUAAACUCUAUUUUCCUUCUUAAAAUAAUCUGUUGCACACUGGCAACCCUAAAUACCUAAUUUUCAUCGCACACCAUGACACAUGAAACUCAUUAAUAAAAAUUAUCUUGUACCAAAAUAUUCUUCACAAUACUGAGAAAUUAUUAGUCCAUAUAAAUAUAUAUUUGAGCUUUGUGAAAAUUCCUAUUUUUAUAUAUCUAAUAUACCUUUUAUACUAUACUAUACCCAUUUACCGAAUAUAUCGGCCUUGUCAUAUCGAAAUUCAAAAUUUUGUAACAAAUUUCAAAGACUUCGUUUCAUACUUUCCGUAGAUAUAACUUAAGUAAUGACUAUUAUAUUGAAAGUAAUUUGAUCGUUUGUUCUAUUCGUUAACAUAUUAUAUAAAUUAUUGUAUUUGAAUAAGGCUUAAGUGUUUAUACUAAUUAAUACAUAUAAUAUUCGUCUAUAUGACGCUGGUGUAUAGCGGAAAUGCUAAAUUGAAGUUUAAAUUAUUGAUUACGCUUUUAUGUGCUCAAUGUCAUUAUAUAGUCUACUUAUCAAUGUUGUAUUAAAUGUUUGAUGUUUUAUGCUCUUUCAUAAUAAAAUUGUAAUUAGAGUUACGAAUUGAGAAUAUUUAAAUAUGUACUUACAUGCUGGAAUACUAUUGUGUUCAAUCUCAUUUAUUCAGUAGAAGAGAAUUGUCGAAUUCUUGAACGUUUAUCGAUUGUGGUUAUAAUUUGGCAACACUAUUAAAACUUUUAGAAAUGUUACUUGCAUCCCGUGUCAGUAAAUAAAUAUAAUUUUUUUUAGAAAUGUUGGUCAUGAAAUAAACUUUAAAAAAAUCAAAUAUAAUUUAAAGUAUUAGUUAAAACAUGUUGCUUUUGCAACAUUUUUAUCAAUUAUUCCAUAAUGAUUUAUGACCACUAUUCUUCACAAAAACUUUAAAAACACAAAUAUGGGCUACCCUUUAGAUAUGCAUUUAUUUAUUUCAAUUUCUUUGUGUACCGAUCUAGUUUUAACACCCUUAAAUACAAUAGAAUUGCAAAGUUAUGAAUAAUAAUUGUUGGUUUUUAAAUAUAUUAUUAAUAUAUAAUCUUAUAAGGUAGAUAUAUAACGGGGGCUGGUCCUCAGUGGUUAAAUUUGUAGAAUAACUUAAUGUUAGAAUAUAUAUUUUGUAUCUUAAACUACACAACUUUACCUUCUAAAGAAUACUGUGUUUAUGCUGAUAAUUAAUGACUAAUUAAAUAACUUAAAACAUAA